AUGAGCCGUCCACUGUGCAACCACUACGCCGCCCUCCUCUCCUCCUCCGCCGCCGGCAGCCGCAAUGGCGCCGCCGCCAUCCACUGCCUCAUCCUCCGGACCAUCCCGCACCCGCCGCCCACCUACCUCCUCAACCACCUCCUCACGGCCUACGCCAGGUCCGGCCGCCUCGCGCGCGCGCGCCGCCUGUUCGACGCAAUGCCGGACCCCAACCUCUUCACCCGCAACGCGCUCCUCUCCGCGCUGGCCCACGCGCGGCUCCUCCCCGACAUGGAGCGGCUCUUCGCGUCCAUGCCCGACCGCGACACCGUCUCCUACAACGCGCUCAUCGCGGGCUUCUCCGGCGCCGGCGCCCCCGCGCGGGCGGCAGGGGCGUACCGCGCCUUGCUGCGGGAAGAGGGCGAGGUGGAGGGCGUCAGGGUCAGGCCGAGCCGCAUCACCAUGUCUAGCAUGGUCAUGGCCGCCUCGGCGCUCGGCGACCGCGCGCUCGGCCGGCAGGUGCACUGCCAGAUACUGCGGCUCGGGUUCGGGGCGUACGCGUUCACGGGCAGCCCGCUCGUCGACAUGUACGCCAAGAUGGGGCUCAUAGGGGACGCCAAACGCGUCUUCGACGAGACGGAGGGCCGGAACGUGGUGAUGUGUAACACUAUGAUCACCGGGCUGCUCCGGUGCAGGAUGGUCGCGGAGGCGAGGGGGCUGUUUGCGGCGAUGGCUGACAGGGACUCCAUCACCUGGACUACCAUGGUUACCGGGCUGACGCAGAACGGGCUGCAGUCGGAGGCGCUGGAUGUUUUCAGGAGGAUGAGGGCGGCGGCAGGUGUCGCCAUUGAUCAGUACACCUUUGGAAGCAUCCUGACGGCCUGUGGCGCCAUUGCUGCCUCGGAAGAGGGGAAGCAGAUCCAUGCCUACGCAAUCAGAACACUGUAUGAUGACAAUGUGUUUGUCGGAAGCGCGCUUGUUGACAUGUACUCCAAGUGCAGGAGCAUCAGAUCCGCGGAAGCCGUCUUGAGAAGGAUGACAUGCAGAAACAUCGUCUCGUGGACUGCCAUGAUCGUUGGCUACGGGCAGAAUGGGUGUGGCGAGGAGGCUGUGCGGGUCUUCUCGGAGAUGCAGAGGGAUGGCAUUAAGCCUGAUGAUUUCACUCUUGGCAGUGUUAUCAGUUCUUGUGCUAAUCUAGCAAGCCUGGAAGAGGGGGCUCAGUUCCACUGCAUGGCGCUCGUAUCAGGGCUGAGGCCGUACAUUACUGUGUCUAAUGCACUGGUAACCCUGUAUGGGAAGUGCGGCAGUAUCGAGGACGCACACCGCCUGUUUGAUGAGAUGAAUUUUCAUGAUCAGGUGUCCUGGACAGCCCUUGUCUCGGGUUAUGCGCAGUUUGGGAAGGCAAAAGAAACAAUACAUCUGUUUGAGAUGAUGUUGUCCAAGGGUGUGAAACCAGACGGCGUAACGUUCAUUGGGGUCCUUUCUGCUUGUAGCCGUUCAGGGCUUGUGGAGAAAGGCCGCAGCUACUUCCAGUCCAUGCAGGAGGACCAUGGUAUUGCACCCUUGGAUGAUCACUACACUUGCAUGAUUGACCUGUAUAGCAGAUCAGGGAGGUUGAAAGAAGCUGAGGAGUUCAUAAGGCAGAUGCCACGCUGUCCUGAUGCUAUUGGAUGGGCGACAUUGCUCAGCUCGAGCAGGUUGCGUGGUGAUAUGGAGACCGGUAAAUGGGCUGCCGAGAAUCUCUUGAAAGUUGAUCCUCAAAACCCAGCGAGCUAUGUAUUACUGUGCAGCAUGCAUGCUUCUAAAGGUGAAUGGAGCGAGGUUGCCCAGCUGAGGCGUGGGAUGAGGGAUAGGCAAGUGAAAAAAGAACCAGGCUGCAGCUGGAUCAAGUAUAAGAAUAAAGUCUACAUAUUUUCAGCCGAUGACCAGUCUCACCCCUUCUCCAGAACAAUUUAUGAUAAGCUACAGUGGCUCAACUCUAAGAUGGUGGAAGAAGGGUACAAGCCUGAUGUUAGUUCAGUGCUGCAUGAUGUAGCGGAUUCUGAGAAGGUUCAAAUGCUCAGCAAUCAUAGCGAGAAGCUUGCAAUUGCAUUUGGCUUAAUUUUUGUUCCACAAGAAAUGCAGAUUCGGAUUGUCAAGAAUCUACGGGUCUGUGUGGAUUGUCAUAAUGCUACCAAGUUCAUAUCUAAGAUAACUGGGCGUGAUAUUCUUGUGAGAGACGCUGUCAGAUUUCACAAGUUUAGCAAUGGCAUUUGCUCAUGUGGGGACUUCUGGUAAUUCCGCUGUCUAACACGCUAAAUUCAUACUUGAUUCAAGUUGAAAUAUAAGUGAGAAGUGCCACUGGAAGAGAAACAAGAAAUGGUGAUCAAAGGCUUCAAAGCUAAGGAUCGAUAACAUGCUCGGGCCAUCAGCUGGCUUUG